UUCCUGGUGCGCAAUGACAUUGCCCUCAUCAAGCUCGCAGAGCCUGUGGAGCUGAGUGACACCAUCCAGAUGGCCUGCCUGCCAGAGGAGGACUCCGUGCUGCCUCAGGACUACCCCUGCCUUGUCACUGGCUGGGGUCGCCUCUGGACCAAUGGCCCCAUCGCUGAUGAGCUGCAGCAGGGCCUGCAGCCCGUGGUGAGCUAUGCCACGUGCUCCAGAUGGGACUGGUGGAGCUUCAUGGUGAGGAAAACCAUGGUGUGCGCUGGGGGUGACGGCGUCAUCUCCUCCUGCAACGGGGACUCGGGCGGCCCGCUGAACUGCCAGGCGGAGAACGGUGCCUGGGAGGUGCAUGGCAUCGUCAGCUUCGGCUCCGGACAGAGCUGCAACACCCUUAAGAAGCCCACGGUCUACACCCGCGUGUCUGCCUACAUCGACUGGAUCAACCAGAAAAUGCAGCUGUGAUUCGCCUCUGGGAACCGCGGCAGCCAAUCCCACAAGAGCAAUAAUAAACUUCCUUCCCUG